CAGACAUUUCGAGUUGUGGUGUAAUCAGAGUUGCGGCGUUCCGUUUCGCAACAAACUAAUUUAAAUUCGACUAAUGCAGGUAGGUGUUACGUUUUCUUCCGCGUAAGAAACAUUUCGCAACAGAAUGGGCGCAAUGAAUGGGCCCCUGGCCUGGGCCGUCAACACUAUGUACACAGUCAGUGUUUUUACGAGAGCGAGGGGAUCAGGAUCUAGCAGAAUGAUGUGCCGCUGAUAUUAUGUCCAUUUGAAAUCUGGAAGGAUGGGCAGGCAGAGGAAGAGAGUGGUGUCCGGCGAGGCUGACCCCCCUCUCACAAGGAAAGACGAGAAACCUGCCACCCUACAACGCAAGGAAAAAAAAAAAAAGCUUGACAUCGGCAAAAUCUUCAUCAAUAUCUCCAUCGGCCUCUGCAUCUUCAGCCUUACCUGGUUCUUCUAUGCCCUUUACAUGCGUUCCUCGCUGGCCAAACGGGUGGUAACUCUCCAUCACUCGCCGCCCGUCCUCGAUGCCAACAGCAGCAGUGCUGAGGUGUCACCUGAGAGGUUUUGGGGCUCCUACCGACCCCAGGUCUACUUUGGGAUGAAAACCAGGAGCCCCAGAUCUGUUGUCACAGGGAUGAUGUGGAUGCGCCAGUUCUCUGAGGUGGAUGUGAACCUCCGGCACACAUGCGAGCAGGGUGACCGGCUGCAGGGCUACGGCUGGAUGAUGCAUGAUGGCCUCAGCUUUGGUGUGCAGGAGAUCCAUGACAGCGACUUUACGCUCACCACGGAGUUCGUCAAGCGGAUGGGCGGUGAGCACGGAGGGGACUGGACCUGGAGGAUCACAGCCAAGCAGCAUAGUUCGGCUCCGCACGCGCCAGUCAUCUCCCUGAUGUUCUAUGCUGCUGCUGACACCCAGGGUUCCCUGGAGGCCCACGUGGAGGAGAGGAACCGUCUGGGCUCCAUCACUGGGUUCUCAGAGGAGCUGGGGAACUUCAAGAUCACCUUCCGCAAGCCUGUUGCUGGGGAGUCCUCCAGUGCCAAAUAUGCCAGCUACAACUACCUCCAGACCUUGUCGCCAGGCUUGGAGAGGCUGACGGACAUCGUGAGGAACAGCUUGAACCGCAGAUUCGUCUACAGCCCCCCCUCUGGUGGGAAGAGGCAGUACAUCGCGGUGGACACCUACAAGCCCCUGCACCAGCCGAAACCAGCCGACCCCAGAAAGGAGAGCGACUUUGUCCUGCACCAGGUCACCGUCCAGGUGCCCUUCCAGAUUGAGGUCCUGUUCGAGUCCGGUAGCUUCCGCAACCGUCCCAACCAGCUGUCAGCGGCGGCCAUGACAGAGGAGCUGGAAGAGAGGAAGGCGGCAUUCGAUGCCAAGUUUGAGAAGAAGUUCGGCCUCCAGGCCAAAGGCUUGGGCCAUGCCCAGGUGAAGUUCAGCAAGGCGGCGCUGAGCAACAUGCUGGGUGGGAUGGGUUACUUCUACGGCCAGUCGGUGGUCCAGUCGGUGUACAACGAAUACCCGCUGCUCUACCCCGAGGGUGCCCUGUUCACCGCUGUGCCCUCGCGCUCCUUUUUCCCCCGGGGGUUCCUGUGGGACGAAGGUUUCCACCAGCUGCUGCUCAGCAAUUGGGACCCCCAGGUGACGCGGGAGGCCAUGGCCCACUGGUUGGACCUGGUCAAUAUGGAGGGAUGGAUUCCCCGGGAGCAGAUCCUGGGCGAUGAGGCACGCAGCAAGGUCCCUGCCGAGUUUGUGGUGCAGCGCAAUGAGAACGCCAACCCGCCCACCCUCUUCUUGGCCCUGCAGAAGCUAGUGGAGCAGCUCCAGGCCAAUCCGGACUCAGAGUCCUCACGGCCCACCCUGCCCUUCCUCCGCAGGCUCUACCCCCGGCUCCAGACGUGGUUCGAGUGGUACAACACCACCCAGACAGGCCCGCUGCCCAACUCCUACCGCUGGCGGGGCCGCGACAAGGACACCAACCUCUUUCUCAAUCCCAAGACGCUGACGUCUGGCCUGGAUGACUACCCGCGGGCCUCGCACCCGUCAGCCGAGGAGCGCCAUGUGGACCUGCACUGCUGGAUGGCCCUGGCGUCAGGCACCAUGGCCAGCGUGGCCCGGCUGCUGGGAGAGCCCCACCAGGAGUAUGAGCGCACCCACCAGACGCUCAGCGACAACGCACUGCUGGACGAGCUGCACUGGUCAGACCAGCUUCGCUCUUUCAGCGACUAUGGAAACCACACGCAGGCGGUGUCACUGCAGCAGGAGAAGGUGUACGUGCCCCCGGGGCAGCCGAGGCGCCAGUUUCCCGUGACGCGCCUGGUGCGCUCGGUCCGCCGGGCCCCCAAGUCGCAGUUCGUCAAUGCUUUGGGCUACAUCAGCCUAUUCCCCUUCCUGCUACACAUCCUGAAGCCCGACUCGCCCAAGCUAGAGCACAUCUUCAGAGACAUGAGGGACGGGGACAAGCUGUGGACGCCCUACGGCCUUCGCUCUCUGUCCAGGGCCGACCCGCUCUACAUGAAGCGUAACACGGAGCAUGAUGCCCCCUACUGGCGGGGCCCCAUAUGGAUCAACAUCAACUACCUGGCCGUCAGGGCCCUGCACCACUAUGGCAACACUGAGGGGCCAUAUCAGGAGAAGGCAGCUGCCCUCUACCAGGAACUCAGAACUAAUAUCAUGAACAAUGUUUACAGACAGUAUGCAGAGACUGGGUAUAUCUGGGAACAGUACAAUGACAGCACGGGCAGUGGGCAAGGGAGCCACCCCUUCACUGGCUGGUCGGCACUAACUGUUUUGAUAAUGGCUGAGCAGUAUUGACACUGAUGCUAAAAAAUCUCAUCUCGCUUUUUGUAAGAUGUUCUCAAAAAAUUUGCCAUUUUUAACGUCAAUAGAUUUUAAGUCUAUGGGCCAACUCUAAUGUUCCAAUUUUUCCCCUUUGGCUGUCUCAGUGAGUGUUUGUGCAAAGCCCAUACCCCAAAGAACAGAUGAAAGGUUAUUUUUGAAUACCCCAUAUACUUAUCAAUGAACUCCCCAAGUGCCGCCUGACUGAGAGAAGUCUGUUUGAUGGCAGAAACCUUUUAAGAACUAUAGUAACAAUAGUAGUAGUAAAGAAUAGUCUUGACAUAAAUCAUUCAUACAGUAUCAUAUCAAGACUACCGUACUAGGAAAUAAUGCACUUUUUCAAAGUCGAUCAUUCAAACUUUUUUUUGUCUCCGGGGAUGCAUUUAUUGUUGAACAAAAUAAUACCUACAAUUGGUGGACCUAUUGAGAAAUAGUAUAUUCCGACCCUAGGGAACAAAUAUUUGAUCCCUAGGGUCAUUUUGUUUCUGGUUGCUUUGUCCCCUCAUACAAUCUCAUUUAAGCCCGUAUAAAAUUGAGAAUUAAGUUUAGUUUUUUUGCCAAAUGUUUUGCUGCAAACAAACUGUUUCCUGUUCAUUUUUUAUCAAUGCAAAACAAGUCACAGAUGUAUCUCCACUGGUAGCAGAUAUCCGGAGUGGCACGGAAUAACACGAGUAACUUCAUUGCGUUGGUUUGUUACAUCUUCAGUGGAAAGAACAAUAAAUAUGUCAAAGCCUUGUGCUGAUUACUUUUUAUCUAUGGGAAGGAUGUCAUUAUCGCCUUUUAGGAAGACGCUUAUUUUCUCAAUAUGUACUGUUGUGUGGUGUUGUUACUCUAGCCUCUGGUUUUGGUAACCAAUCAUGAAAUAUUAGAAAUUCAAUCAAAGUAUGUAUUUUUUGUAUAGUUUAUAGCAGUGCUUAUUAAGAUGUAUUAAACUACAGCUGAUAAUGUACACUUCUGAUAGGAGUGACCCUCCAGAUCAAUAACCGGUGACUGGGUCAAUUUGUCUUGCUUUGAUUUCUUGCAUCCUCCCUCCUAGCCAGCCUCCUUCUCAACCAUACUGGACGAGAUGGUCUCCUUCCCUGGGAGCUCCUCCUUCGAUGGGUUUUAAGAAAGGUGAGGAGAGAUGAUGCGAGGAAUCGAGGAAAGAUGAAUUGAGAAAGAGCCUCUGUCAGAGCCUGAUCCUGGUCCUUUGUCAGACUGCGACACGCGAAGGACAGCCGCUGACGUCAAUCCACCGAGAGUCAUUGUUUCUACGGCGCCCGGUUACCAUGGCGAGGCAUCGUUGUGAAGGGGCCCAAUGCUGAAUUGGAUAAAAUGGAGAGGCGAGGAGUGCAUCGCCGGUGUCAACUUCUUUUCAAGCGUUGACAUGCAGAGAGUCGAGACGCAUUCAAACAAGACAAGAGCAUAGUGUUCAGUCGCUAGAUCUUUAUUAACACAGCAGUGUGUACACCAUUACAGAGGGCCUGGCUCCUGAAUGCACUGAUGUUGGUUUUCAGCUUCCGCGUGACCCUGGGACCUAAAUCUUUCUGGCUUUCAUGUUAUCACAGCCUUUUGAAUAGAUGUGUAGUUCAAGGUCUGUCUUGUCACAGUCAGGUUUGCAGUUCUAUAAAUAGGCCUAUGCUCAGGAGGAAGCAUAGCUAGUUAGAGAAUGACUGUAAAAGGUGAAAAACCUAGCAAUGCAACAUUCAGUAUUUAUCUUUAAACUAUCAUCACCAACAUAAAGUAGACAUUUUAUGUAUUAAUGUAAUUUGCCUCACUUUUGGGAAAUAGGCUACUGGAAAUGUUUUAUUAAAAAAGAGAAGCACAA